UUGGACAGGCCAUCUUUAAUGACAAACUACUGAAGCUUCUGAUUGGGUGCUGUUAAAUGACGUUGCACGUAUAACCCCGGAAAAGCCCUUCUCAAAGUUCGGCGCGGAAACCAAGAAGCAACGAAACGAGAUGGCUGAAAACGGCUCAAAGUCUAAGCUGAAACGGAAGAGGAGUUCCGUGGAGGAGCCGAAGUCUGAACUGGGUUCCCGAGGAACCGCGGAGAGGAGCGGCGCGGCUCCGCCGUCCAGAGGCGGAGCGGCGCAUCCUGACAGGUGUCGGCCGCCUGCAGCAGCAGCAGCAUGGUGGAACGUGUUGCGGCCCCCCGCUGUGGAGAGCCUGUGGGCGUUCACACUGAUGUCUGCUCUGCCGCACCUGCAGAACCAGCUCUGGGACCCGGUUCCUGAUCUUCCCCUUCCUCCUGCUGCGAGACCUGCCACACCAGAGGUAGAGGAGCAGUGGACGAUUGAUCUCUUCAGUGAUGCUCCUCCCUUUCCAGAAGACGGCCCACUCACCCAGGGACUUCCAUCAGACCCUCAGAGUGCGUCUUCUCCCCAGGAGAUUGCCCCAGUCCAGACCAGGCCUUCUGGAGAGUCACCUGACAAAGGGCCAUCGUCUGACAGCAGACAGAGUCCUGAACAGCAAGCCGAACCUCCCGGAUCCCUCAGCAGGACUCAGAACUGGGAGAAGCCAGCUCCGUCUUCAGCAGGAGAGCCGAGGGUCGGACCGUUGAGCAGACGGCUUCUAGCCGAGUCGCUGAAGGUUUCCAACCCACCGGUUUCUCCAUGUGGCGAGGAGGAGGAGAAGACGGUGGUGGUGCAGAAUGCUAGCAAACAUGAAGUAGGAGCUCUGGAGAGCUGCCCCAUGUGUCUUCAUGUGUUCCCUUCUGGGUUCACGCAGACGGAGCAGGACGGCCACCUGGCCCAGUGUCUCUCUGAGCUGAGCGUGGACAUGACCUGGUGAGGCGACAGGAAGCUGGCGGCCGUCCCGGGGCUUCAGGCAGCCAGAUGCCCCGACACACUCCAGGACCCGGUCAGCUGGAAGAGGGCGCGGUCAAGUCAUCUACUCCACUGACGUAGACUGAACACUCGCGUAUCAGAGGGUCAGAGCUGGGAGAAAGUUAGAGGGCUUUGACUUGAACUGAGAAUCUGAUGAGACUUGCCCCUCGUAGCUGUUUCUUCUUCUCUAAAUGACUUUUGAAAAGGAAACUUUGGCUUUUUUUCAGCUUUUUGACCCACUUACAGCUGGUUCAGGAAACAUAAUUAUCUGUAUUGAAGUCCAGGCUCAGGGAAAGCAGCUGAACAGUCCUUCAGGCCCAGCGCCUGCAGAGCUAAGGAGAUGAGGCACUUGUUCUAUUAUUGGAUAAAUUCAAGCUCAUGUUACACAUUUCAGAUCUGUAAAACUGGAGAUUUUCAACCUCUGUUUUACUCCUCCAUUUAAAAAAAAAAAAAAAAAAUCAUUUUUUUUUUAGAAGAGAAAUUUAAAAGAUGUGAUUUUUGUUCUUGAAUCUGUAAUUGCAGUCAUAUAAAUGUAUUUUUCCAAUUUGAUGAAACUCAGAGUGGAAUAUGUUCUUAAAAAAAAAAAGAAAUUCGGUGCACAUAUGUGCAGGGGGUCAGCUUCCAGUGUUGGGAUGGUUUUGUCACCAUGGUAACAGCCUUUAAACCCAAUCGGUACAAACCGGUGUGAAGACAUUUUUUUGUAGCCUGUUUAUACUUUCACCUUGGAGUGGAUUUCUGUAAGAAUCGGCAUCAUUUGUCUGAAUCCACAGUUUAAUAUGAAUGUUUGAUUUAAGCCAUGUUGGACGGUUGUCCAGGAUGAACGGCGAGUUCACGACCGCCAUGGAGACGACACGACCCCUCACCUCCCAAGAAAUUCACCUUUUGUCUCAUCGUUCCACAGAAUAUUUUCUGGAUGUCUUUGGGUUCGCCUUGUGAAAAAUAAAUAUGCUUAGUAUAAUAAAUAUUGAAACUGAAAAAAAAAAAGAAGACAAAACUAGCAGAAAUAAACAAUAUUUAAAUUCCUGUCAAAGGCAAAAACACAAAUGUUUCAUGGGGUACAACCAUUUUUUUUUUAAAACGUUUGUCCUGAAUUUUUUAUUUUCUUUUUUUUAUCCCUUAACUGUCGCACCAAAAACACUUUCAUGCAAGUCAAUGGCGCUCCCAUCAUCCUCAUGACGGGUUAAAUAAAUCUUUCUCUUCAUUACUGAUCUGUUUCUUUAAUCUUGAGCCACUUCUGCAGACGCCUUGGAAUCAGCAUGUUGUGAGCUUUGCACAUCGUCAUUGCCAUUCUGCGCUUGACUAAAUUCGAACAUUUUGAAGUAUGCAAUGCAAGAAAUAAGUUUAGUUGGAUGAAAACAUUUAUAUUUCACGUAGCUUUCUUCUGAAGCGUGUAGAUAGGUUUUCUUUUCAUUUCAUAAGAGUCUCCCCAGGUCUCUACACGGUAAUUUAUGUAUGAAAAUAUUUACUAUCGCAAUAGUUUUCAUGGUCAGUAUGAGUCUUCUAACACAAUUUGUGAAAUAAUAUUUUUCAAUGAAAAUAUUAUUUCAUUGAAGUUUAUGCUGUUUAACAUUGUUUUGUUUUUUUAUUUGCUUGUUGCUAAAUUGUAGCAAUUUUGCUCUGCAAUAAUUUGUUUUCAUCGCAUUUCUCUAAUAAUUUUAAUGAUCCUUCCAUUGUACAUAGAAGAUGCCUAACACUCAAUAUUAAUGUGGUGUGAACACAUGAAGUAAAACUUUAACAACUUUAUAUGCACUGCACUCAUCAUUUACCUCAUGUACAAAAAGGCUUAGGACUUGUGUUGGUCCUAAUGGUUUAAUGCAGUAGAUCAUUGUUCGCAUCAUUUAUUUAUUUAUUUUUUUUGAACACAGUGAAGAAAGUGUGUUUCCCGGAAAUAUUUAAAAAAUUCACUGCUAUGGAAAUGUACACAGCAGGGUAAAAUGAAGUCGGAUUAUCUGUAAAGAAGUGAUUCGGAUCUUGGGAGGUUGCGUUCACAGCGAUCAGCCUCCUUCCUGCUAAUCAAGGUAAUUGGCUGGGUAAUUGGAAAGCGUUGUUUUGUGUGACGCGCUUCACGGUGAACGUUUUAUGUGAAGGAAAUGCGGGCGAGCUUUACUCUGUGAUCCCUCAUCAACUGGCAACUUGACUCUGCAAGGUGCUUUUUUUUUUUUUUUUUUUUUUUUUUUUUUUUUAUCAGAUCAUCUGCCUCACAUGGAGAACAAGUGGUCAGAGCUCAGCGCUGCUGCUGGGAACCAUUACCGAACUGGAAAUCAUUCCAAACAACAGGAUCGAGUCCUGCCGUCGUGGCGUUAGGAGGCGGCGCCACAUGCUUGCCUCAGGAGGACUUCCUUGAUGCAAUCAGCCAGGCCCGUCUUUUUUUUAUUUUUAUUUUUUUUACCACUCGGUGUCAUGUGAUCGAUGGAGUUCGAUUGUCCUACUUUACAUUGUGUGUGUAACUGGGUCUGAACCGGACUGAUUUGGAUUCGUUAUACUUGCAUUUGAGCGAGAGCUGCUUGUCGAGCUGUGCUGCACACUGAGCUCCUUUAAAUCAAGGAUUUAAUAAAUUAAACCCGUUUACUUAGUUACUUCGAAGAGGAGGAAUAAAGUUGAUGACAUUUGACAAAGUGCUUUUAUUUUAUAAAUGGCUGCUGUAGCAUGAUUUUAUAGUGUAAAGCACUUUGAACUGCUUUAUUGCUGAAAUGUAUUUUCAUACAUGCUAAACAGAUGUUAUCAACUGGGAAAAAAUAAUCUUUGUCAGAUAUCAGUGUGAUAAAUUCUCCUUCCUGUUUCAGGUUUACUGGCCGCAUCUAGACCCAAAUUCUGCUUGACCUGUGGAAUCAACUAGCCACUUAAAUAGAACCUUCUUGACAACAUGAAGUAGGCCAGAAAAGCUAGCAAGUGGCGUCACAUCCCGCCUCAAACCAUGAAUUCAGAUCCGCGUCAGAAAACAUGCAGGAGAAUCUCCAGCUGUCAGUUUGUGACUUUCGUCCAGUUAAGAUGUUGCGACCUUAAACAUGCAUUUGAAUGAACGAGUUACGACAACAUUGAAUUUAUUACACAUGCCACAGAAGCCCGACCAGGAGCCCGAACAUCAAGCAAAUCAUUCUGGCCCGGCUGCAUUUCUGUCUGAUCUCUACUCCUACAUCAGUUCUUGGUGUUUUCUAGGGGAGACUCUGUUCUGUCUUGUCAAACCUCAGAGCCACGUUCUGUUUACGCUGCAUGUUCCUUCCUGUUAAAAGGGAGUUUUUCCUCUUUGCUGCUGCUACAUAUGGAGUAUCAAGUCAUCGACUCAAUGCAAGCAAUUGUCUACGUCCAGGAGUGAAUACUGCAAGUCGACGCCCUGCUGGGUUUUUCCACUAAUUUGAAUAAUGAACUGAGCUAAAAGCGCCGUUUGAUAACCGAGAUCAAUUGUGCGAAUGAAUUAAAGUAACUUUCAUAAAAAGCCUUGAGAAGAGAUUUGUUGUGAAUUGGAAUGAAAUGAAUGAUUGUUCAUUUAGGUGCAGGAGCUGAAAAAAGACUGGAAACUCUCAAGCAAAGGAUAUGGAAAGGAUUUUAUAUAACAAAAAAACCUUUCCAGAUCACACAAUUAAUUCUCGCAUGGAGGAUCUUGAGCAUAAGGCAGCGCGGCCUCUUCAGGUUUCUCUUUUCAAACUGAUGUGAGAAAUAAACAGUUGUUUUGAACACAACUGUAUCAAUGCUACUUCAUUUGUCCCGGUAGAUGAACAUACAUUAGGCCUUGGGAUGUUCUUUGUACGCCUGCGUUGGCUUUUAGGUUUCUUCAGUGGAACUUGUGACUGCAGAAAUAUGCCAGUUAUGGCAGCAUUUAUGUAGAAAAGAUGCAGAUUGGAAGAAGUGAGUGUGAUUUUUUUUUUUUUUUCUCAGCACCCUGAAAAUGUACAAACUAUCAAAAAAACAUUCAAGCACACCGGCCUACAUUUUGAACUGAUUUGGACUAAGCUGACCCAAUCAUGUGAAGAUGCAGAUUCAUGAAUAUUCUAGUAGACAGAUGAAAAUUUCAGAGGAUGAUCUAAGAAGGUUCUUCCCUCGCUGUGUGAACGUAGGGAGCGGUGAUGAGCUUUGAUGCCGUUUAACGCCGGAGCUUCAUUUCCCUGCAAAUCAAACAAGAACGGAGCCAGGUCACGGAAAACCAGUAUCAUUUUAAUAAUUACACAUAUUUACAAGAAUGUGGUGAAGCAACAGUAAGCAGAUUGACCCAGCGUUAUAUUUAAUAAAAAUCGUGGUCUUAUUUCAUUCAUUUUUCAGUCAUUCUUUAAAGUGUUCUGACGUUUGGAUUCAAGGACGCUCAGUUCAUCCAUUGGUCCCUCAGAAAACAUGUCAUCUGAUGUACAAAAAGCUCAACGAAAUCGUUUAGAACAUGCAGCAACACAGGUGGAGUUUAUCGGGGAGGCUUCCUCUGGUCUCCAUCAGCAUGUCGGUGGAAACCGAAGCACUUCGUUACCCAUCCGAUCCCACCCUGCAGAUUAUUAAGAUUCAGAGUCAAGGUGAGCUAAUUAAUCCUAUUAUGUCGUUAUCAAAUUAGCACAGGUCACAGUUCAUCUCGUAAUUCCCGGCCCACAGAGAGCCCCCCCCCCACCCGGAGGAGAUCGACCUCCAUCCUCAGAGCUGAUAUUCACAGAACUGUUGUGUUCAGGAACCCCGUGUUCCUGAACACAACAGUUCUGCUCCAGGAGAAAUCGGGUAAAAGAAGAUGGAAGAAUCUGGGUGUUUAAAAAAAAAAAAAGAAGCUCAAACUUAAUUCUCCAACUCAGUA